UAUUUCUGGGAUAUUUUCUGAAAAGGCGGCUUCAGUUUGGAUAAUUCCUGAUCGACUCAACCAUCGUCCGAGGGUAGGGGUAGAUGGGGGCAAACAGUAAAGUAGCAGCUGGGUGUACAGUUGGCUUUUGAAAGAAUAACAUCCAUUCCAUACUAUCUGCACUCUGAUGGCUAUGCAAACCCGUGGCAAGGGAACAUAUUUAAUACAAAGAGUCACUGUCUAGCGGUUCUGUUUGGAAAUGACAGUUUGCGAUUGAGAUGUACUGUCCUCUGCUGCACAAGGCGAAACUGACCCGGAAGGGAACUGCAGCAACACUAGCAUCUUGCAGUGUGGAGUUUGAGAUAGGAAUCAGGCUUAACUCGGUGUUAUCCAUCCCAAUUAUAACAUCACCAACAUUUACUGGAAGUGCUCUAUUUGUACAAUGCUGGGUCGUAAAGUGACAUUGGCGACUUGCGCAUUGAACCAGUGGGCUUUAGAUUUUGAAGGAAAUCUUCAAAGAAUUUUGAAAAGUAUUGAAAUAGCAAAAUCAAAAGGAGCAAGAUACCGACUUGGACCGGAGCUGGAAAUCUGUGGAUAUGGCUGUGGCGAUCACUAUCUGGAGUCUGAUACUGUGCUGCAUUCCUUCCAGAUGCUGGCAGAACUCUUGGUUUCUCCAGUUACUGAAGACAUUAUAUGUGAUGUAGGCAUGCCAGUUAUGCAUAAAAAUGCUCUCUUCAAUUGCAGGGUGAUCUUUCUCAACAGAAAAAUAUUGUUAAUUAGACCAAAGUUGCUAAUGGCAAAUGGAGGUAACUACAGGGAGUUACGCUGGUUCUUGCCAUGGAAUAAGCCAAGGGUAGUAGAAGAGUAUUAUCUUCCAGAAAUAAUCCAGUCUGUGACGGAACAGGAAACGGUCCCGUUUGGUGAUGCUGUGUUGGCAACAAAGGACACCUGUCUUGGAAGUGAAAUAUGUGAGGAACUUUGGGCUGCCAAUAGUCCUCACAUUACCAUGGCGAUGGAUGGGGUGGAGAUAUUUACCAAUUCUUCUGCAAGCCACCAUGUUCUUCGUAAAAGUUACUUGAGGACCGAUCUUGUAAAGUCAGCUACUGCAAAGAAUGGUGGAAUAUAUCUCCUGGCUAACCAGAAGGGCUGCGAUGGUGAUCGCCUGUAUUACGAUGGCUGUGCUAUGAUUGGUGUAAAUGGGCAUAUAGUGGCUCAAGGAUUACAGUUUUCAUUGGAUGAUGUGGAAGUUCUAACAACCACUCAGGACUUGGAAGAUGUAAGAACCUACCGCAUAGACAAGAGCAGCCAAAAAUUUAAAAUGGCAAAUGAAGUAUAUCCUCGAGUGAAUGUCAGCUUCGCACUGACUUCGGCUGAUGAUGUCUACCUGCCCUCAGUUCAGCCAAUUCAGAUCCGAUACCAUACUCCUGAGGAAGAAAUCAGCCUUGGACCUGCCUGUUGGCUGUGGGAUUAUCUCCGACGUAGCUCACAGGCUGGUUUUUUUCUCCCUCUCAGUGGGGGCAUUGAUAGUUCGGCCUCAGCCUGCAUUGUCUAUUCCAUGUGUUGUCAAGUGUGCUCUGCUGUGUCAAAUGGAAAUCAGCAGGUGCUGGAAGAUGCCCGGAGGAUUGUCAAUGAUCCUAAUUACACACCCAAAGACCCGCGGGAAUUCUGUCGACACAUCUUCACCACUUGCUACAUGGCCAGUGAGAACUCGUCUCAAGAUACCUGUAACCGGGCCAAAGAGGUAGCUGAGCAAAUAGGCAGUCAUCACAUAAACCUGAACAUUGACCCUGCUGUGAAGGCUGUGAUUAUGAUUUUCAAGUUGGUAACUGGCAAAUUACCACAAUUUACAGUGCACGGUGGCUGUAGCCGGGAGAACAUCGCUCUUCAGAAUUUGCAGGCUAGAAUCCGAAUGGUCCUUGCCUAUCUCUUUGCUCAGUUGAGCUUAUGGACUCUUGGGAAACCUGGAGGAUUGUUGAUUCUGGGAUCCGCCAACGUGGAUGAGAGUCUCAGAGGAUACCUGACCAAGUACGACUGCUCCAGUGCAGAUAUCAAUCCAAUUGGCGGCAUUAGUAAGACAGAUCUCAGAAACUUCAUCCAGUACUGUAUCGAAAACUUCCAGAUCACGGCUCUCCGAAACAUUAUGUCUGCACCACCGACCGCUGAACUGGAGCCACUGGCAGAGGGCCAGAUAGCACAGACGGACGAGGCCGAUAUGGGAAUGACGUACGGGGAACUCUCAGUGUUCGGGAAGCUAAGGAAAAUUGCAAAGUGUGGUCCUUACAGCAUGUUCUGCAAACUAAUACACAUAUGGAAAACCGUCUGCACUCCUCGGCAGGUGGCUGAGAAGGUAAAACAUUUCUUCCGCAUGUAUUCUAUUAACCGGCACAAAAUGACCACGCUGACUCCUUCAUACCACGCCGAAGACUAUAAUCCUGAUGAUAAUCGCUUUGACCUCCGACCAUUCCUGUACAAUACCAGCUGGUCUUUGCAAUUCAAGUGUAUAGAUAACCAGGUCACAAAACUGGAAAGUACUUAAGGACGGAGUGUUGAUGCUGUUUGCAAUGAGCUCAGCUGAAUGCUGCUACCUCAGUUGCCCAUCAUGUAUUGAUACGAUCAAGUUCAACUGCCUGCCAUGUAUUCAGAGAAUCUAGCUACGGAACUUGUUUUCUAAUGUCCAGUCCAAAAAUAACAUGAUUGGUUCUAAUUAAAAUGUUAUCUUAUUGUGUAAUAACACUGUUUUCCUGCACUAUAAUAGUACCAACAUUGGAUUUGUAACAUAGCAUAUCUCCCAAAUUGGUGGAACUCAGAUCAAACAAACAAGUUGACCUCAAGCCAAACAAACACUGAGGGGGGAAACAGAAUUCUUGGUAGUAGCAAGUCCAUCCCAAGCUGGUGCUGGUGUUAGACGGUAACGUUUUGUGGGCAACUAACCAAACUAUUCUGCUAAAUAUACUUUUUCUGGACUAUGAUCACUGCAGUCUGCAGCCUGUAAUUUCCCUUUGGGAGCUGUGCUUUUGAGCCGUCUGAACGAUCGGGCAUUUUUGGAGUACCCUGAAGGAUUCGGCAAACUGGAGUCUCGAGAACGCAGCUAUGGCUGCGUCAGCCAAUUCCGGAGCAGACUUCCGGCCGGAUUGAAACUCGGGUCAGAAUGAGGCGGUGCGGCCCGGGCUCGAGAGUGAGAAACAGACCGAUGUUAAGCCAAUUUAACCACUGGUAUUCAGCUCACUACUCUUGUGUCAGUCAGGAUCCCCCACCUGAGCCUGUCCUGUCUGCUUGCGUCGGACCCGUCUCCCUUUCUUCUCAUUACUACCAUUGGGUGCAAGUUGCAGGAGUCUUGACUGGCUGCACUCUCCUGAGCAGUGAAUUGUCUCUGUGGCUGUGGACUCACUUUCGUGGUCUCUGUGAUUUACGUUCUGUGUAUUGUUUGUUCAUUUUUUAAAAUUGUUUGCACAAUUUGUUUUUUUUUCUUUUGCACGUUGGAUGUUUGAUGGAUUUUAGUGGAUUCCCUUGUGUUUCUUUCUUUUGCUACUACCUGUAAGAAGAUAAUCUCCAACACGAGGAAAUCUGCAGAUGCUGGAAUUUCAAGCAACACACAUGAAAGUUGCUGGUGAACGCAGCAGGCCAGGCAGCAUCUCUAGGAAGAGG